GUAAGCAUAAGUCCAAAUUGCAAAGUUGGAGAUCUGCUUUGGAAAAAUCUGCACAAUUAUCAGGAAUUGAGUCAUCAAAGAUUCGAGACGAUGAUAAGUUGGUUAAGGAAAUUGUCAAUCAUGUGCUGACGAGGUUGAGAAUGGUUAACUCAAAAGGGCAAGUAGGAAUUGACAAGAAGAUUGAAGAAGUAGUAUCAUGGAUAAAAGAAAACCCAAAACAGACUCGUCUUAUAGGAAUAUGGGGGAAGGGAGGUGUUGGCAAGACAACUCGUGUAGAAGAAGUGUAUAACAAACUACAAUCUCAAUAUGAAGGUUGUUAUUUCUUAGCCCACGUAACAGAAGAAUUAAGCAGACAUGGAAUACUUUCAUUGAAGGACAAUUGUUUUUCUAAACUCUUGGGAUAUGAUGUGAAAAUUGUCUCGCCAAAUUCGUUGCCCAAAGAUAUUGUUAGGAGAAUUGAAAGUAUGAAGGUUCUAAUUGUUCUUGAUGAUGUUAAUGAUUCUUCAAAACACCUUGAAAAAAUGGUUGAGACAAUUCUAGGUAAUUUUUGGAUCAUCACUACACUUUUCAAUUUGAAUGCCUAUAACCAGAGUGAUUAUAGAAGGGAGUACAAUAGGCUAUCAGAACGUGUGAUCCUUUAUGCUAAAGGUAUUCCAUUGGUGAUUAAAGUUUUGGCUGGUCAUCUGCGUGGAAAGAAAAAGGAAGAAUGGAAACGUGAGUUAGAUAAGCUUGAAAAAAUGCCUCAGAGGAAAGUUUAUGAGGUAAUGAAACUAAGUUAUGAUGGUCUAGAGCACAAACAGCAACAAAUGUUUCUAGACCUUGCAUGUUUCUUUCUGAGAACACAUGAACGAGUAAAUGUUGGCUAUCUAAAAUCUUUAUUGAAAGAUAAUGAAAGUGAUAACUCAAUUGAUUUUGAGUUUGUAAGGCUGAAGGACAAAGCUCUUAUAACUUUCUCAGAGGAUAAUAACUUUGUAUCCAUGCAUGAUAAUUUACAACAAAUGGCUUGGGAAAUUGUUCGACAAGAGUCUAUUGAAGACCCUGGAAAACGCAUUCGGUUGUGGAAUCCCAGUGAAACAUAUGAAGCAUUGAAAUAUGUCAAGGGUAUUGAUUCCAUUAGAAGCAUAGUACUUCACUGGCCAGCAAUUAAGAAGGAAAGGUUAAGGCCUCAUAUAUUUGCAAAGAUGAGCAGACUGCAAUUUCUGGAAAUUGACGACUUAUAUCAUCAUAAUUCUGUCGAACCAUUUGAUAUUCUUGGUGAUAACACCUGCUGGCCCAAAUGGCAAAAGGCUCGGAUUGCUGAUAUUCUUGUUGAAGGACUUCAUUUUUUGGCUACUGAGCUGAGAUUUCUUUGUUGGUAUCACUAUCCUCUAGAAUCCCUGCCAGAGAAUUUUUCUGCAGAAAAACUUGUAAUCUUGAGAUUGCCACACAGCAGAAUGGAAAAACUCUGGCUAGGAGUUAAGAAUCUGGUGAAUUUAAAAGAACUUGACCUUUCUAAAUCCAAGAAGUUAAAGGGGUUGCCAGAUUUAUCAAAAGCCAUAAAUCUUGAAUUGCUGAUUCUCAGGAGUUGUUCCAUGUUGACUAGCGUUCACCCAUCUAUUUUCUCUCUAUGCGAGUCCCUUACAAUACUUGCAAGCUGUUCCAAUUUACAUGGCCUCAGUUAUCUCAACCUUGAUUUUUGUGAGAAUCUAAUGAAAUUCUCACUGAUUUCAGACAAUAUGAAAGAACUCAGAUUGAGAUGUUCAAAGAUCAAAGUACUUCCUCUUUCAUUUGGACACCAAAGGAAGCUCGAAUUUCUUCAUCUGGAAGAAAGUGGCAUCGAGAGAUUACCUUCUCUGAAAAAUCUCACUCAACUUCUACAUCUAGAUGUAAGCUUUUGUGAUAAGCUUCAAACAAUAGCUGAGCUUCCACCGUUCCUUGAGAAUCUGAAUCUCCAAUAUUGCACUUUACUUCAAACUAUACCAAAGCUUCCAUCAUCACUCAAAACGCUAAAUACUGAAGCAUGCACUUCACUUGAGACUCUACCAGAGCUUCCCCCAUCCAUUGAAAUCCUUAAUGUUGAAUCAUGCUCUUCACUUGGGACAAUACCAGAGCUUCCUCAAUGUCUUCAAACUUUAAACGUCCAAUGUUGCCAUUUACUUCGAACUAUACCAAAGCUUCCCACAUGCCUUAAAACUCUACACACCAAAAACUGCACUUCACUUCAGAAUCUACCACAACUUUCCCCAUUCCUUGAAACUCUAAAUGCUACAUACUGCAAAUCAUUGAAACGUGUUUUGUUUCCUACAGUAAAAGAUGAAAAACUAAAGGAAAACAUGAAAAAGCUGCUUUUCUGGAAUUGCUCAAACUUGGAUAAACAUUCUCUGGUAGCUAUACGGUCGAAUAUGAAAAUCAACAUGAUGAAAUUUGUUGCAAACCAUAUAUUUGCACCGGAUCACAGUCAUGUUGAAGAUUACAGUGAUUAUGAAUAUAAUUAUCAUUCUUAUCAGGCUGUGUACGCGUAUCCAGGAAGCAUUUUUCCAGAGUGGUUGGAGUAUAAGACAACAGAAGAUUAUAUAAUAAUUGAUGUCCCUUCUAGUAUGAGUUCCUCCCUGGUUGGCUUCAUUUUCUGCUUUGUCCUUGGUGAGUUUCAACACACAGACAUAAUCAGAAGAGUUGAAUUCAAGAUCACUGUAAGUGACGGUGGUGGUAAGGAUGAAGGUGAAAGGGAGAGUGUAAGAAUGUACAUGGAUUAUUGGGAUGACACGAUUGAAUCGGAUAACAUAUGUGUGAUGUACGACCAAAGAUGUUCCCACUUCCUACUUAGCAGACCCAGAAGACUAACAAGCUUUAGAAUCCAGGUUACAAUGGAAGCAAGAAUCUCCUUUGAUGAAACUUUUAAUGUACUGUUGCAGAAGGUUUUAAAAGGAUUUGGAGUCAGUCCAAUUUCGUUUGACAAAUUGCGAAGCUCAAAUUAUACGUUUCGUUAA